AUGUAUUUAUCUCUGUCAUUUCGUAUCUAUCUCAAUCUGCUCAUAUCUAUUAUCUCAGUCUGUCGCAUAUCUCUCUCUCUCUCUCUCUCUCUCUCUCAAUCUAUCUAUCUCAAUCUUCUCAUAUCUAUUAUCUCAGUCUGUCGCAUAUCUCUAUCUCUCUCUCUCUCUCUCUCUCUAUCAAUCUAUCUAUCUCAAUCUGCUCGUAUCUAUCUCAGUCUGUUGCAUCUCCCUCCCUCUAUCAAUCUAUCUAUCUCAGUCUGUUCGUAUCUAUCUUCCCUUCAUAUCUAUCUAUCUCAGUCUCUUCAUAGCUAUCUGUUAUCUCAGUCUGAGGAUAUCCAUCUGUUCAUAUCUAUCUAUCUAUUAUCUCAAUCUGUUCAUAUCUAUCUAUCUUACUUUGUUCAUUUUUCUUCCAUCUUUCUUUUAUUUUCCUUUCUUUACAUUGCUUUUUUUUCUUCUUUCUACAGGUUUUUUUUCCGUCUUUCUUUUUCUUUCUUUCUCCACUCGUCACUUUCGUUUUGUUUUUGUUUUUUUCUAGAGUUAUUCCCUAUUUCUUUCUUUCUUUCUUUCUUUCUUUCUUUCUUUCUUAAAUGUACAAUUCUGAUCCGUAGUUUCUUUCUUUUUGAACCUCUAUUUUUCUUUCUUUCUUUCUUUCUUUCUUUCUUUCUUUCUUUCUUCAAUGUUUUCUUAUACGUUUCUUACUCUCUAACUUUUCUUGUCUUUUCUUUUAUUUCUUUUUCAGGAUUUUUCAUUUUUUUUUUCCUUCCUUUCCAGUUUUCGCGCCAUUCUUUCUCACGUGACCCCUCCUCCUUUUCCUUGCUUUUCUUGAAUUUUUCUUUUUUCUUACGAUGUUCUCUUUAUUUCUUCCUUUUCUUUGUUUCUUCUCACUCGUUCCCUUUCUCAUUCUUUCUCACCUAUCUCUCUCUCUUUCUUCUGCAUUGCAUUUCGUUCCCUAUUACCUUCUGUAUUUCUGUAUUUCUUCCUUUUUACCUUCUUUUUCCCUCCUCCUCCAUUUUUAUCGUUCUGCUUCUUCUCCUCCGCCUUUUGUCUCCUAAUUAA